AUGUUGGGCGAGAAGUCAGUCAAUCUUGCUCUACACAGAAGGAUUGGUCCUAAAUCAGGGGCAUGGCUAAGGUUCCAGUUAAUGAUUAAACGAUUCCAGCAACAGAGAACAGUCAGGAGCGCGAACGCACACACACACACACACACACAGACACCCCUCCCUGGAGCCCUUGACACGCCACCACAAAGCAAUUUGUUCACGCUAAGUCGCUGCUGUUCCUGCCGCCGCUGGGGAGCGUCUGACCCCCAACCCAGGAAGCCAGCGCCGGAGAACGAGAGGGUGGAGGAGAGAGGACGUCCAGGCUCGGGCACUGCGGCUCCCCGCCCCCUCCUUCCUCUUCCCCCUCCCACGCCCCCGCCCCCGCCCGGGCGCCCGCAGCCCCCGGCGUCAGCGCUGCCCGGCCGCCCCUACCUGCGGGAAGCGAGCGGCGAGGGAGGGGAGCGGCCACCAGCCUGCGCCAACUCUUGCCUUCUCGGCCGGCCGCGCUCCGCAUCGCCCCGGAGUGGCGGCCGCGGCCGCAGGGAGCCGAGCGCUCAAGAGCGCGGAGGAAAAGGCCACGCAGCACGCGGGGAGUCGCGCGCCGGCGGAGAAGCGAGCCCGUCCGCCUCCCUCCCUCCCCGCCCUCGAGGCCAGGUCUCCGCGCCGCGCACGCCGGGCCCACGGCCGGCGCCCCUGGCCUGCUCGCGGGCUGCUCCGGGGCGGCCCGGUCACAGCUCGGCCAGCCGCCGGGCGGUCCUCCCGCGUCCGCCUGAGGCCAGCGCCAGUGUCGCGGCGACGCGAAGCGCGACCCUCCGGGCGCGGGGGCACCGGGGGCGUUACUACCUGGAGGGCUCCGCGGCGCUUGUUAGGCUUCUCCCGGGCACGCGGGGAUUUCUGUCUUCGGAGCACGGGGGUUGUCCUUCCUGGCACCCCUCCUCUGACCUCCCUCCCUGCCUUGGCCGUUGGGCUCCUUCUCUCCACUCCCAGUUGAACAGAGUCGAGCUGCGUUAUUUAAUAAUCCUCCUGCUGCUCUGCCUGAGCCACCGCUUCCCAGGCAGUCAUGUUGUGGAGAGAGGGAGAGAGCGAGAGGCGGAUUGGCAGUCGGUCGGCGACUGUUCGUGCAGAAAUUCUGCCCGGUGACAGAACAGCAGGAUCCAUCAUUGCCCUUGCUCUGUGGAGGAAACUAAAAGGGCAAGCAGGUCAACUGCCCAGGAUUUCAGAGAGGAAUCCUCUCCAGAAGCUAAGCCCAGAUGACUGGGUCAAAAUACUCACUGCAUGAGCUGUCUUUGAUCUGGGAACUACACAGACACCAAGGAUUCGUCCCAUGGAGCAGAUGUGGUAGCAAGACUAUUAAGAUGUGAUCAAUGAGGUCUUACGGAAAAUGAUCUCAGGAUUUCUCAUCUUCAUAUGAGGGACUGUUGCUCAUAGAAGCUAAUCACCUGCUGUACAGAAGCCAUGCAAACUGUGGCAAGGCCCACAUGGAGAGGAACUGAUGCCUUAUAACCCUCAGCACCAUCUGACAGACUCCACAUAAAACCAGCACCAAUUUGCCAGCCAUGUAGGUGAGCCAUUUUGGUAAUAGAUUUCCAGCUGCAAAUCUAUCUACUCCAGCCAGCCAUGCGGAGCAGAAACAAGCUGUAUUAAUUUUGAUUGCUGCAUACCAAAUUACUGCAAACAUCGUGGCUUCAAAUAAGUAGCAAUGUAUUAGAUCACGGUUUUGCAGGCCAAAAUUCUGGCAAGGUGUGGCUAGUUCUCUGCUUAUUAUCACAAGUCUGAAAUCAAGGUGUUAGCCAGACUGAGUUCUCAUCUAGGGGCUCUGCGGCACAAAUCAGCUUCCCAGCUCUUUCUGGUUGUUGACAGAAUUCAGUUUCUUGCAGUUAUACAGCUGAGAUCUCUUUUUGUUUUACGUGUGCCUCCCUCCAUCUUCAAGCCAGCAACAGCAGCUUAUAUCCUCAUGCUUCAAAUCUUUAACUUCUUCUGCCGACCAGAGAAAACACUCCCACUAGACUAUAAGCCAAUGGUGGGCCCAUGACUUUAUUUGCUUAUCAUAUCAGGGCCUAGUAGAAGAAAAAUAAUGUGUCCUCAAGUGACACAAGGGGUGGUGCAUAUGACUGACGUUUUAUUCUCUUUAUCAUUUCCUGAACAUUAUAUGUCAUGGUGAAGCCUUAUUGUUCAUUAUUCCUUCAGGAGCCUUUGUUUUCCUCCAUACCAUUCUCAGUCUCUCGUAUGUUAUCUUUCUUCUGACUUGACUUUAAAAAUGAAGGUUGCAGGCUUCACUGUAGCCACUCGACCAAGUACUAUUCAGUCACAUGAAGCAGUGUGGUGAGCUCUGAUGCAACACCACAGCAGGUUGUCUUAGUCGGUUCAGCUGUUGUAAUAAAACACAAUAGACUAGGUGGCUUAUAAACAACAGGAAUUUAUUGCUCAUAGUUCUGGAGACUGGGAAGUCCAAGAUCAAGGAACCAGUAUAGUCAUGUUCUGGUGAGAGGUCUCUUCCUGAUUCAUAAUCAGUGCCUUCUAACUGUAUCCUCCCAUGAUGGAAGCAGCAAGGGAUUUCUGUGGAGUCUCCUUUAUAAGAACACUAAUUUCAUUCAUGAGGGUGGACCCUCAUGACCUAAGCACCUCCAAAACCCCAACUCCUAGUACUAUUACAUUGGGCAUUAGGACUUCAACAUGUGAUUUUGGGAGAACACAAAUGUUCAGACCAUAGCAAAGGUCAAGACUGUGGAAGAUACAAGAAACCUCAGAAUAAACUCAGCUGUCCCCAAGAGCUUUAAGUGAUGUUGGGAAUGAGAUAAAGUACUUUGUAUCACCAUAUUUACCUUUUGGACUCAUUAAUAAAUAUUUAUUAGUUAAUUAGUUUUCUCCUUAUAAUGUUUUCUCCGUAUACUGUAGCAUGUUUACGGGUGGAAGUUCCAGCCAAUAGAAUGUCACAUCUCUGAAAUAUAACAUGAGAUUUUGGUCAUCAGAUGUUUAUGGUACAAGGUUGAAUCAUAGGAAGUAAAUACUGAACAAUAAUCUGAAAGGAUAAAAAUAAAAGAGGAGAGAAAAGCAAAACUCGUCAUGAAAUAACUCCACAAGUAGUCCUGAAUGGAGAGAAUUCCUACAUAAAUAAAUCACAAUCAUUUAUGUAGUCAUGCAUCAACAAGUGACAUAUUGAUUUUUUUUCUAGAAAACCAAGAUAAAAGUGACAGGCCGAGAGUCAGUUUAGGCAUACUGAAGGAGCAUUUCACUAACGGGAUACAUGAGAAUAAUUUGAAAAUCUAGAUUUACCGUGCUAAUUUCUCACCAAUCUUGUGUUCUUUAGUAUCUAUAAAACAUCUUUACUUAGAAUCAUAAGAAAGUAAAUGUGAAGGGAUUUUAGUCAUUCAGCAGAUUUGUAUUGCAGAUGUUAAACAAACUAAAUAUUAGGGAUACCAAAAUUGAGGGGAAAUUCUUGCAAUUGAGAUAGUCAUAGAAACAAAUAAUUAGAAUACAAUGUACUGUGGAACAAAAAGGGUAUAAAAGCAGUUACUCCUUGCUUUCAAGGAAAUAACAGUCCAACAGGAGACAUAUUACAGCAAAUGAUUACAAUAGUUACUUCUCAGUCCUCAUUUUACUUUGGUAGAUUUUGAAUUGGAGUGACUUUGUACUGUGUUGAUGUAGCUAAAACUGGAAUUGUAUUUCCCAGAAUUCCCUUCCUGAUACGGUUCUGCACUAAGGUUGGCCAAAAGAGAAGUCUUCAUGAGAUUUGGAAGGGAGAAAUGAGGCAGCAGCUAUGUUAUGUGCUAAAGAACAGUGUAGGGAACCAGGUGGUCUUUUAGCUCAUGCUCCUUGAUCUGCUAGCUCACUUGUUUAGUUUGGGGCGGCAGCUGCAUCUGCAGCUCCCUCAACUCCUGCCAGAUCUCCUUUACCCUCUCAGAGUGUGUGGUACAAGUUCAUGGGAGGUCCACUGUAAAGGUUCUUUCUGCAUGUCGCUAUCUGCAUAUCCCUUGUAAUGUUGAAACUGGAGGUAGCAAGAGACAGAUGUAGGCAGAGAUGGUCUUUUAGGGGUACACUUUAUACAGUUUGUCUUAGCUGAUGUGGGUAGAGAUUGUCUUUUGGAAAUCCAGUUUAUCCUGAGGAUUCCAGUCUGUCCCAGCUGACCACCAGUCCACACAGCUUUUCUUCCCAACUGCCAUUUCUCAGUGACUUUAAGUCCACCAUUAGAGCAGUGGCAACAGACUUCCAUAGGCUUCUGCCCAACUCCCACAGUUGCAUAAGGUCUGAACCCUAUAAUAAAUUCCUUAUCCCAUAUCACUCAUAUUGGUUCUGCCUUUCUGUUGGGACUCACGCUUACAUGAAUAUAUUUUGUAGAAAACAACCACAGGAGUACUGCGGACUAGAUGUAGAAGGUCAGGAAAGAGAAGAGUCAAAGUGACUAAAUCUUAAAUUAACAUGAUAAUUUUAGUCAUUUCCUUCCAUUUGAAACAUUUCUUCCAUUUGGCUUCUGGGACGCCACAGUCCCCUGUUUUUAUUCAACUCACUUCGAUGACCUCUGCAUUUGGAAUGUUCCAAGACACAAGACUUAAACUUUUGUUUUCUUUUUAUACUCAUUUCUUUGGUGAUCUCACUUAGGCUCAGAGUUUUAGUACCAUCUGAAUGCUUAUGACAUCCACGUUUGUAUCUCUAGCCCUGAACUCCUAACCCAUGUCUGACUUUCAACUUGAUAUCUCUGCUCAUUUAUAGAAGCAUCUCAAGCUUAAAAAUAUACAAAGCCUCUGAAUUCUUCUGAAAACCUGUUCUGUAUGCCGUCUUCCCCAUCAUGGUCAAUGGCAACUUCUAUUCUUGCAAUUGUUUGUGUUGAAGACCUUCAGGUCAUUCCUAGUUUCUCUUUUUCUCUUACAAUGCGCAUCUAACAUGUCGGCAAAUCCUGCUGACUUUAUGUUCACAUUAUAUAGAGUAUUCCAACCACUUCUCAAAACUUUCACUGUGUAACCCAGUUUAAGCCACCAUCAUCUUUCACCUAGGUAACUGUGAUAGCCUUCUUCUUUUUUUUUUAAUUAAUUAAUUUAUUUAUUUUUGCUGU